AUGAGGUCCUCCAUCGCGUGCGCCCGCUGUCGUCGCAGCAAGGUCAAGUGCGUCAACAAUGGCGUCGGCACCACCUGCCGCGCCUGCGAGACGUCGGGGCGCGAGUGCAUCUACCCUUCGCCCGCCACCCAGCACGCCGCCCGCCGCGAGAGCAGCGCCUCGGGCAUGCCCGCCAUCGAUCGCCCGCCCACCAGCGACACUCCGCGACGCGCGCCCCGCCCCAAGAAGAACACGGCCUCUGUCUCAGGCCACGCAGCCUCCAGAGAGAGCCCCCACGCCAUUCUCGAUGCCUUGGACGCCAGCGUGCUAACGCCCAAAGUCUGGACCGAAUUGUUUGACAUAUUCCAGACGCAUUACUCAACUGAUUUUCCCUUUCUGCAUCCUCCGAGCUUCCUCAAGCCGCUGCGCCAGUCGUCUUUGCAAGGCCCUGGCACCGGCUUUGGCGAUGCGAACGCGUCUCCCGCGCCUGCCCUGUCCCCCGUUCUCCUGCUGGCCUUCCUGACUCUGACCUCUCGAUUCCAUCCUCAAUUGGUCGCCUACCAUUCUCCAUCGACGUCGAAGCAGAAUCCCCUCAUCGCCUCGGAAUACUAUGCGUCCGCAUGUCGAGCCCGGCUCGCCUCGAACAGUGGCAGUGAGCUAGGCCUUCCUGACCUGCAGCGCACUCAGACCCUCCUUAUGCUAGUCUUACACGAAUGGGGCAUGUGCCACGGAGCUAGAGCCUGGGUCCAGUUAGGCGUAGCGAUUCGUGGGGCGCAGAUUCUGGGACUUCAAUUCGAAAACGACCUUGACGACAUGCCGCUGGCUCGGUCCACCGCUCUCGCGGAAGAAGCACACCAUUCUGACAUCGACCUGGGACGAGGGAAACCUUCUUUUAGCAAAGGAGAUACUUUUAUCGAGCAAGAAACGAGACGCCGAACGUUCUGGAGCUGUCUCAUCAUGGACAGGUAUUUAAGCAGCGGAAAAUACAGACCUCAGAUGAUCAAUGUGCAAGAAUUGAGGAUCCAGCUGCCUUGCAGCGAACGAGCGUUCCUCUUCGGCGAGAAGGUUAGGACACUUAUGCUGGGAGAAGAAGUUCACCAUGUGGCCGGUCGUGCUCAGAUUCAGAGUCAGCGCAAGGCGUCGGUCAUGCUUGGCUCGAAGCACGGAUCACCGAACGGGGAUACCCCUGCCAGCGGGGACCCGUUUUCCAGCGGGGAUCUGGGCAGAAACGACGAGUCUGAGGGAAGGCUGGAGAUUGGCGCUGAUGAGGGCAUCGUGAGCCGCUACAUCAAAGUGCUGGACCUGUACGGGCGCAUCGUGAAAUGGUCCUGCAGCGGAGGCAGAAGGCGCGAGCAAUAUCCACCUUGGGAUGAGAGGUCUACCUGGAACGUGCUCCGGAGUCACCACGUUGCAUCCAGGGAAUCUUUGCCUCGAGACAUGGAGCUUAACGCCGGCAACAUUUCCGCCCACAUCACGUCGAGGACAUCAACUCCAUUCGCUCUCUUACAUGUGGUUCACCUUCUCUCCGGCAUCAUUCUUCACAGAGAAUACCUCCCCUUUGUACCAUUCCGGUGUUCUAGACCACAGGGUCCCCUUGAUCCACCCAUCUUCUCCACGGACGAACACAAGGCUUCGGAGGGGUUCUGGGAGCAAAGCGCGCAUGAGUUGUUCAAGACGGCACGGGAGAUCAUCGAUCUUCUCCGGAUAUGUCAAGAGUGGGGCGUCCUUGCCGAAACACCCAUUGUAGGCUUCGCUGCCUACACUGCAGCCUUUCUUGGUGUUUACGCGAUCAAUUUUCCGUGGAUGGAUCCCAAUGGGUAUAUGUGCAAGGGAACGCGAGACCCGGUCAAGUCAGAGGCAGCCGAUUCGCCCGGAGCAGAAGCAGCGCGCAAGGGUCUGGAGAUCAUCAGCCACAUGCGCCGGUCGCUGCAGAUGGCGGACGGGUGGUUCAAGACGAUCAAGCGGGCGCACAUCUACUACAUUCGGAUCAAAAAGGACCUCCGGCAAGGCGCAAAAGGGCCGCGCAGCCUGUCACCGGCUGGCGGUGACCCGUCGGAGGCGUACCGCAACCUGAGCCUGCGCGACCACGGGCCCGAGGAGCAUCGGCUGCUGGAGAAGACGCUGCGCGACUUCAGCGGCGGCGAGGACGAGGACAUGGAGAUGUUGGACGCACCGGAAGCACGGCGGGACAGCGUGGAAACGGACAGCACGACGCAGCGGGGCACGCCUGACGCUAACGCGGUGCGGCAAGAGCGAUGGAACGCCAUCAACACGGUCGCCGCUGCCGCCAGUCAGAAUGCGGCCAACGGCGCAUACGGCCCGGGCGGCAUCUCGCUCUCCAACCCUGCCAGCGAUCAUCUCGGCCCCUCGCCCGCCAUGUCGCCGCCCGCCCCCGCCCCGUACGGCUCCGGCUUCACCCCCAUCCAAAUGCAGCAGCAGCUGUCGCCUCGCAGCACCGCCCAACACCAGCUCCCGCCUCCGCUCCCGCCCGCCUACCACCACCAACACCACUUCUCGCCGCCCCGCUCCUCGGCCCAAUCGCAAGACGCCUGGCUCGACGCCGUCGACACACGCUUCGGCGGCGACGACGUCGCUGCCUUUGUCGCCGGCACCAAUUGGCAGGUCUGGGCCGGCGCGGCCGCAUUGCGCGGCGAGAUGGGCGUCGGCGGCUGGUUGAGCGCGCUGUGGGCGCCGGCGAGUGGGCGGGGCUGA